AUGGCCGUCACGCAAAACAACAACAAGCAAGAAUUAGCUGGCUUCCACAAAAAGUGCGCGUCGUUGAAGAAAGAAGGCGAUCAACUUUUCAUGAAGCAAGACCACAUGAACGCCAUUCGCGCGUACGGGAGAGCUUUGAGUUUAGCGUUAGCAGGGAGUCCGGAAAGAUCUGCCCUCUUGACCUCUCAAGCUGCGUGCUUUAUCCGUGAGAAGCGCUUUCGGGAAGCCAUCGAGUGCUGCACGGCUGCUUUGCAGGAUAUUCCGAAUGGGAAGGUUGCGUUGAAGCGCAGAGCUACGGCGUAUGAACAGUUGGGUCAGUUCAAAGAGGCGCAACACGAUUUGGAAGUUGCGUGGAAGCAAGACGAUACGGACGAGUCGGUCAAGACCAUGCUGGACAAAGUUCGCGGCAAAGCAAAAGCGGCGGCGAAGAAAAAGACGGCAGUGAGUGGAUUGGGCGGAUCGAGCUUGGAAAAGCGACCGCAGCAGUACACUCGCGAGCAAAUCGCAGCAGCGCAGGCGCAGCAGCAAAGACAAAGAGCGUUGCAAGCGCAAGCGCAGCAGCAGAUCCCAGACUUGACGAUUAGAUUCAUGAGAGAAGGCAAGGAUUCCGCGGAAGUGAAAGUACCGGUUACCGUGACGUACGUUGACUUGGUGAACCAUGCAAAGAAGUCGUUCAGCUUGGAAGAGAAUAAGAAUAUCAUCUUGAAAUGGUUGGAUUUAGAAGACGAAAUGAUGACCUUGACCUCUAGAGCGGACUUGAGAUUUGCGUUGCAGACGUUUGCGAACGAGCCAGAGUAUAAGAAAGCCCAAGAAGCCAAAGUUAAGGACGGAGCAAACCAGGAACUUCCAGUAAUUGAGCUUCGCGUUCACGACUCGGAGGGAACGGUGUCCGAGACCAAGGAGAACGUACAACCGGAAGAGUUGGCGACCGAAGAUGAACCAGCCGAGGAUGUCAUUGAAAUCGACGAGUGGUUGUUGUCGUUCGCGGCAUUGUUCAGGAAGACAUUGGGCGAAGCUGCGCCCCCGAAAGGACCGUUAGACUUGAGAGAGAUUGGCUUGGAAAAGUGCUGCGAAACGUUGGAGAAGGCGGUUGGUUCGCCCGAGGCAAAGACGUUGUUGGGUGCCGCCGCGGACAAGUUUCAAGAGGCAGCGACGGCAGCUAUGUUUAACUGGGGUAACGUGCACGUCUGCGCGGCUCGUAAAAUCAUCGACGUCGCGGCUUUGAAGAAGAAAACGGAGAGAGAUGGAGAAACCAAAAACGAAGAAAACGAAAACGUGGAAGACGAAUACGCCAACAUUAAGCAAGACUUGCCGGAACUCGACGCAGAGUUUAACAAAGCAAUCGCUUUGUUCCAAAAAGCGCUCAACAUUAAGGGUGACUUUUUUGAAGCGUCCAUCGCGUGGGGUCAGCAAGCCUUUGAGAGAGCGAAGAUUCAUUCGAACCUUGCCAAAUUGGAAUCUGACAAAAAGGAAAAGCAAAAGUUGGAGAAAGAAGCGGACAAGAUGUUCGAUUUGGCUCUUCAAAAGUUUGACGAAUCCAUGAAGAUGCUCAGUCCGGAACAGCGAGACGUUGUUUUAGUCGAAGGGUCCGAGGAAACCAGCGGCGUCAAGGCUCAGAUUUUAGUUCUCUGGGGCAACGUUUUGUACGAGCGAUCGAGCGUCAAGUUCCUCCGAAACGAUAAGAGCUGGAAGAAAGACACGCAAAGCUCCGUGGCCAAGUUUAACGAAGCCGCGUGUGCGAAAGGAGACAUCGUCAGAGCGCUUCAGAAUCACGCUUCCAAGGAGUGGGAGGAUGAAGAGAAAGCAAAGAAAGAAGCUGGCGUGGCGUAA